UCCUGUGCUACGAGUUCCGCCGCAACAGAUGGACCUCUCUCCUCCUCCUCCUCCUCCUCCUCCUCGGGAUGCUCCUCCUCUGACCUCCUCCUCGCACGAGCUCCUUGAUGCUUGGUCGCACGCGCGCCGCUGAAUGUUUCCAACGGCAGGAGAACGAGACCAAGUUGUGGUUACCCGGAACCGACGGUUGAUCCGCGAGGGAGGAGGAGGAGAAGAACCGAGAAGCACGGUAGCUGAGCCGAGAUAGAGUCUCCUAAAGUCGGCAAGAAAUCCAACACAGAUAGGCGGCUUCCUGGUGACUCAACAAAAAAUCUGCACUUUUCCCUGUGCUCCUCUCAUGCUGUCUGAGCAUGGAUGGUACACAGGACGGGGUUCAGAUCGGAGAGAACAAGUUCAUCAGCAAGGCAACAGUCCUCUCGCAUCUUAAAACAUACAACCUUUAUUAUGAGGGACAGAAUCUCCAGCUGCGGCACAGAGAGGAAGAAGAGGAGCUCAUCAUUGAAGGCUUGCUAAAUAUCUUCUGGGGCCUGCGGCGACCAAUCAGACUUCAGAUGCAGGAUGACCACGAGCGAAUUCGACCGCCGCCGUCCUCCACAUCCUGGCACUCAGGCUGCAAUCUGGACAGUCAAGGUUCUCCCAACAACACAGAUGAUCAACAGACCUUUGAACAAAGUCCACCCACUGUGGAAGUGACUCCACCUGACAAUAAACACGAAGACGACGAGGCGACCGAUGAAGAGGACAGUGAGAGCUCUGCUCAGCUUCUCCGGACAAAAAGCGAUGCGGGGGUUUUAAGACGUGGCCAGCGGCGGUCUCCAAGCGACCAGAGAAAGAUCAGACGCCAUCGAUUCUCCAUCAACGGACACUUUUACAACCAUAAGACAGCAGUGUUUACGCCUGCUUAUGGUUCCGUUACUAAUGUCAGGAUCAACAGCUGUAUGACCACACCGCAGGUGCUUCGAGUUCUCCUCAACAAGUUUAAAAUUGAAAACAGCCCAGAUGAUUUUGCGCUCUAUCUUGUCCAUGCAAGUGGAGAGCGUGUGAAACUGAAGCGGACUGACUUUCCCCUGGUGCUGAGAGUCAUGCAGGGUCCCUGUGAGCAGGUCUGCAAGGUCUUCCUCAUGGAGGAAGACUUGGGUGAAGAAGUCACAUAUGAUGUGGCGCAAUAUAUCAAGUUUGAGAUGCCUGUCCUUCAGAGCUUCAUCACCAAGUUAAAGGAGGAAGAGGACAGAGAGGUGCAGAAACUCAGAAGAAGGUAUAAUUACCUGCGGUGUGUAAUUGAAAAGCAGCUUUGUGGUCUUCCAGAAAAGUGUAUUUAACCUAAUAUUGGUGAGGAUUCCCUCCAAUACAAACUUUUUACACCUCUAAGCCGUCACCAACACAGAGCAUGGAUUCCCAGAAAACAUCUGGCUCCUUUUAUUUCCUCCAUCGUGUUUUUCUGCUUGUAUGUAUUCACAUACACUGCACACAGAAUGACAUUUCUGUUUUCCUGAGUGAUUUUACCAUUUUUAUUUGUUUAUAAGCUUACUGAGCCUAAAAUAAGGGGCCACAUCCUCUGUCCUUCCUCCAGAUAUAAUUCUAAUCUAUUUCAAGCACAACUGUAAUGUAACAGGAUUGUAGUAAAGUGCCUAUUUAAAAUUUUUCCAAGCACAAAAUGCUUACAAAUGAUCAGAUAUUUUGAAAGGAACAAAAGAGCCAGAGCCAACCACAGUUUUUAAGUACACCGAUGCCAGUCUAUCCAGUUACAUUCCUCCCUGAUCAGCAACUGUGGGAAUCUGGGAACUGAAUUAAUAUUUAUUGCCCUUGUUUCAUUGCAGCUGAUAAAUCAGACUUGUAUUAUGUCAUUUUGUCUCUGGUUGUUCUGCUGAUUAAUAAACUGAAUGUUAAGUUUUGUUUGUAUACUGCAAAAGAUUUGGGAUUUUCUGCAUUUUUUAAAGUUACAACUAUUAACUUUAAGCUGUUUUAUUGGAAUCUCGUGUGAAAGACCAAUGUAAAGUUGUGCACUGUUGUAAAGUGGAAGGAAAAUGUUGCAUCAUUUUUAAAUAUUCCUUAAAAUCUGAAAAGUGUGGCACUGUUGUUUGUAUUCAGUCCCUCUGAAUACAGACCCUCUUGUAGAACCAUCAUUUGUCAUUUGGGUCAUCUGGAUGCUUGUCUCUACCACUUCACUCAUCUGCACCCUGGAGGUUUUAUUCUUCUUUAUUUUAUUCAUUUAUUCUUAUUCCAUGAGGUUCAAUGUCCCAAGCUGAAGAAUAGCAUUCCCACAGAAUGAUGGUGCCUAAGUAACCUUUAGCGAGAGCACUUCUAAUGGUUUCUCACCACUUCUCGUUAAAGCUAUGAUUUGUUGACUGCACGACUAACAAUUGUCCAGUCGACAGAUUGUCCCACCUGAGCUGUGGAUCUCUGCAGCUGUUCCAGAGUUACCAUGGGGCUCCUGGCUGCUUUUCUGAUUAAUGCCUGGGCUGUGUUUUAACAUUGCUCUGUGAUGUUUAAUGUUUGGGAUAUUGUUUUAUAACGUAACCUGUCUUAGAUUUCUCCACAUCUUUAACCCUGACCUUUCUGCUGUGUUUCUUGGUCUUCAUGAUGCUGAAUACAAAUGGCCAUCACACUUUUCAGAUUUUUAUUUGUAAAACAUUUUUAAAAACCACAGAUCAUUUUUCUUCAACUUUCCAAUUCACUGAUUUGUGGUGGUCUGUCACAUAAAAUCCCUACAAAACAUUGAAGUUUAUGGUAGGAACAUAACAAAUAGUGGAAAAGUAUGAAUACUUCUCCAAAGAGCAGUAAAAGUUCAACUACAACCAGCAGCUGACAAGAUUGUAAACCAGAGGACAUGACGAAGAAGCUUUUCUAAGUCACCUCCUGAGGCUCACUAACACAUUGAACUUGUUUCAAAGUGAAAAAGUGUGAAGGUGACGCAUAGUCUUAUGUUUUUUGCCUUCUUCUGAAAGUCUAGCUUAUUAGAUUUACAUUUUGAUAUUUGCAGGAAUUUAACAAACAAGAAUAGUUGUUUUAAUUAGUGAAUUUUUAUCUGCAGACAGAUUUUCUUCAGACCGAUGCAGGCUGUCUUUUUUUUUUUUUUUUUUUGGUAAAUGUUUUUUAUUAAAUUUUUAUUAAAUGCUUGCUUUGUUAGUUCAUAUCAGACAGACUGAAUUUUUUGUAUUAUGCCAAGUGGUGAUAAUAACACACAUCCAUUUGAUUUAAGAUUUAACGCAAGAACCACAACAGAAAAAUUAAAGCCAAUUAAAGCUGUGAAUUACUGUGUUGAUCUUUAAAGAAGAAUGUUUGAAAUGUAUGAAUGUGCAUUAGAAAACAGCACCGUUUGGCUCCAAAUGAGCAGCACUUUGCGUAUGUGUUUCCACGUUACGUGUUCAACAUUUCUGUCGCUUCUCCAAGGACAAUUUAGUGGACUACACCCUCCAUUGUUUCUGUGGGACUCUGAAAGCACGCAUGUUUAUAUUUUUAGCAGCUUCUAACACUUGCCUGCUUUGUAUCGUCUUUUUACAACACAUUAAGUUGACUUUCAAGGCUUGAAAAUGUGAAGAAUUCAUGAUACCCCUUCAAAAUGAAGUCUGUUUUUCAUACAGUGAUUAUAUUAUUUAAUAAAAAGCCGUCUUUGGAACAUUUUUA